AUGGCGUCUCUUCACAGCAACAGGUACCCUAAUGAAGACACCAGCGUUGACUACUUUGGUGCUGAGUUUCGUCGGUUUUCACUGGAAAGAUCCAAACCCGGAAAAUUUGAAGAGUUUUAUGGACUGCUGCAACAUGUUCACAAGAUCCCCAAUGUUGACGUGCUGGUGGGCUAUGCAGACAUCCACGGGGAUCUGCUGCCCAUCAACAAUGAUGACAACUACCACAAGGCAGUUUCCACCGCCAACCCAUUGCUUAGGAUCUUCAUACAGAAGAAGGAAGAAGCUGACUACAGUGCCUUUGGUACGGACACCCUAAUCAGGAAGAAGAACGUGCUGAGCAACGUGCUGCGUCCUGACAACCAUAGGAAGAAGCCCCACAUCGUCAUCAGCAUGCCCCAGGACUUCCGCCCGGUGUCAUCCAUCAUAGAUGUGGACAUCCUCCCGGAGACCCACCGAAGGGUCCGUCUGUACAAGUAUGGCACGGAGAAGCCCCUGGGCUUCUACAUCCGCGACGGCUCCAGUGUCCGGGUGACACCACACGGCUUAGAGAAAGUCCCCGGGAUCUUCAUAUCGAGGCUGGUUCCCGGGGGUCUGGCCCAGAGCACGGGAUUGCUAGCUGUCAACGACGAAGUGUUAGAAGUCAAUGGUAUAGAGGUGUCGGGGAAGAGCCUGGACCAAGUGACUGACAUGAUGAUAGCCAACAGCCGCAACCUCAUCAUCACUGUGCGGCCAGCUAACCAGAGGAACAACGUGGUGAGGAACAGUCGGACUUCCGGCAGCUCCGGCCAGUCCACCGACAACAGCCUCCUGGGCUACCCGCAGCAGGCGGAAGCCAGCUUUGAGCCAGAGGACCAGGACAGUGACGAGGACGACAUCAUCAUUGAAGACAGUGGAGAGCCGCAGCAGAUCCCGAAGGCUGCCCCCGAUGCCCAGAGCCUGGAGUCCCUGACGCAGAUAGAGCUCAGCUUUGAGUCGGGGCAGAAUGGGUUCUCCCCUCCACAGGACCCAGUGCCUGUGCCCAGCAGCCUGGACACAGAGUUUGAACCCCGUGCUCCGGACCAGAGACUCUUAGAGGAAGACGGAACGAUCAUAACGUUGUGAACCGCCACGCGUGUUUGCCAAGUGCUAUAAAGGUGGCACAAGAAUGACACAGGGGACCUCCGGGCCUUGAUGUCCCACGGGCAAGCCUAGAGUGUGGCUGGAUGGGGUGACUGCAGACAGACUGCAGUGUGCAUGUGUGAGGCCUUUGCUGCAGGGGAGUUGGAUGCUCUUCCUCCCUGUCUCCACCGGCUCUGCAGAGCCGGUGUCCUGAGGUCUGGGGCCUCCUUCCUUGGUCCGCUGAACCUCACUUCUUGGAUUCCCAACAUGGAUGGAUUCUGACUUUUAAAAAUGUUCCUCAGUUAAUCGUGACAGAUUAUUUUUUCAUGUGCAGUUUUGUUCUGUUUCCCUGUUUUCUAAGACUUUAACUGGCUGGCCAUGUUUAGGGGUGCUUCCCACUACCCAGCCCUGGAGCACCCCCUGUUGUCUCCAUCCUGUAGCUUCACAGUUGCAGGGUGCCUCGGUCCUACUGACUGCCCCUUCUCUGUUAACCUCCUCACCCCAGUCCACUGCAAACUGUGUCUGUGUGUGUCUGUGUGUGUGUGCGUGUGUCUGUGUGUGUCUGUGUGUGUGCAGGGAGCCUCGGUCCUACUGACUGCUCCUUAACUGUUAACCUCCUCACCCCCAGUCCACUGGAAAUCAUUCCUGUGUAUGUGCAUGCGUGUGUGUGCACGUGUGUGUGCGUGUGCGCGCGCGUGUGUGUGUGUGUGUGUGUGUGUGUGUGUGCAGGGUGCCUCGGUCCUACUGACUGCCCCUUCACUGUUAACCUUCUUACCCCCAGUCCAUUGGAAAUUGUUCCUGUGUGUGUGUUACAGUUAGUGUGCUCCACACUCUUCCAGUAUACCAGACAGUGUGGAUCAUGUUGAAUAAAAAGG